UCAUCUGCAGCAGCAGCCUGAAGCAGCGGACAUGGAGGAGAAGAAGAAGAAGAAGUCCUCCAGGAAGUCUCUGAGAACUCUGUUCUCCAGAACCGAACCGGGUCCGGACGACUCUGCGCAGAAACAGCAGGACAGGAAGAAGUUCAAGUUCCCGAAGCUGAAGAUGAAAACGAAGAUGGAGGCAGAGAGGCAGCCGGAGGUCCGGACUCCGGAGGACGAAGACGGGCCGUCCUCCCUGAAGAAGACUUCCUCUGUCUGCGCCCCCGAGUCCAGGUCAAAGGUUCGUCUCUUCAGUUACUCGGACUUGGAUCUCAGGUCUCUACGUCGUUUUUCUUCGUUCUCCUUCGGCCUGAGGAAGAGGAGGAGGAGGGAUGAAGAGGAGCUCUCCAGGAGCGCCUUUGGUCUCCAUAGCAACCAGCAGGAGGAAGAGGAGGAGAAUCCCGUCUCCCGCCUGGAUCUGGACCGGGCCGACCCGAAGACCCGGUUCAGUUUGUCUCAACCCGAACUCGAUACCAGCGGAACCUUCGACAUCCCGUCCCCCCCUCCCCCGUCCUCCAACCGGGCCGAACCGUCCUCCUUCACUGCAGGGUUGUUAACCAGAACCCGACCGGAACCGGAGGAGCUCCUCUCCAACAGAACCUCCAGAACUCUGAUCGCCUCCAACCCGGAGUUUCCGGUUCCGACGGCCCGAACAGAAGCCCCGGCUGUUCCCGGCCUCCGGUCCAAUCAGGCAGAACCAGGUGCGGACCAGAACCAAACCUCAUCCGCUGCAUCGGGAAACGGGGAUGGUUCUGAUGGUCCGAAUCCGAAUCCAGAACCUCACGGUACCUCAGGAACCCGUCCUGUGGUUCUGGAGCAGCGGACCGGUUCCUGCAGGCGGGACUCGGGUUCAACUCUGGGCGAACCGGAACCGAGCAGUUCCGAACCGAAACCUGAAGAAGUUUUAACGCUCUCUAUGAUCCCAGAACCGGAACCGAGCAGCUCCGAACCGAAACCGACGGUACCAGGUGAAGGUAAGCUGGACCUGAAAGUACCAGUUGAACUUUCUGAACUGGACCUGGCGGUACCUGCUGUCCCAGCUAAAGGUUGUGAUCCAGAACCGGCGGUACCAGUUGAAAGUUCGGCACUGGACCUGAUGGUACCUGCUGUCUCAGCUGCAGGUUGUGAUCCAGAACCGGACGCGGCGGUACCGCCGCACACCCCUGGUCCCGGUUCGGGUCGGGUUCUCUAUAAGUCUCCGUCUCCUCCUCGGUUCUUUCUGGUUCGGUCUCCAGACCGGGUCCCAGAGCCAGAACCGCCUGGGGUCCAGACCCUCCCUCUAGUGUCACCUGACCCCGGCGCAGGUUUUUCCGGUUCUGCUGAAACCAAACCGAGCCGUGUGAUUCGGGUUCGGACCGCUUCCCACAGCGGAGGCCUGGUUCCCGCUUCUCCGGUUACCGCAGCGUCUCCGGGGACGGACUCUCGGGUUUCCGGCUCUGAACGCAGACUGGUUCCGGUCGGACGGCAGAUCGCAGCAGACUGCUUUCCUCCGGAUCACGGAAUGAACUUUCAGGACUUCUCCGAACCUCCCGAACCGGACCGGGCUCUGAGUCCGGCCUACCUGAGCGUCGGUUCGGACGACGGCGCGGAGCUUUACUUCAGCGCCCCGGAGGAAACGCCGGAGAGCGGAGAGGAGGCGGACCUGCGGGACGGCUGGGGGGAGGUUGAGACGCCCAGAGGUCAGAGGUCAGAGGAGAAAGCAGAAACAGCCUCCGCACAGGUGAGAGUGUGGGAGGAGCCGGCGCCACCGGUUCCGCAGGUAAACAGGCUGCAGGAAUGCGGCUCGGCCCCGCCCGCCCACGGUGCGCCGGCGGAGGGAAACCAGACCGCAGAAACCGAAGAUCCCGCUCAGAAAGCCCCGAACCUGCCGGGACCGGUUCUGGUUCCUGACUCCAGGAGAACCGAGGAAACCCGAGAGGAGCUGCGAGUCCGGCCGCGAGGAGAGGAAGAGGAGGAAGAGGAAGAGGAGCGCACCUUCACGCGUCCUGCAGCGGGAGGGACGCCUGACGCCGCCGCCGGCCGUCCCGGGGGGGCGGGGACCAGGACGCACCGCGUUAACGGAGCCGCCGCGACGCAGCGACAGGUGCCAGACCUGACGUCGGCUCUGGACGCGCGCAGACCGCCUGGCGACCCGCAUCCAGCCCGCGCCGCGGCUCACCUGGACCGCAGCUGCCAGCCUACAGAACCAGAACCAGAACCAGACGACAGGAUGAGUUCAGGCUACAGCAGCCUGAGCACCACGCUGACCCUGAAGAACCCGUCUCCUUUCAGAGAGGAGGAACCCAAACCCCGCUUCCACAAAGUGUCCCUGGUUACCAUGGAGACCAGCAGCAUGCCCGAGCCAGACGAUCCGGAACCAGAGUACAAGUGGAAGAACCGUUUUCAGGGCGUGACUCAGUUUAAAUCCAGCAGGUCCCCCUUCCCUGAAGACGAUGAACCUUCCUCACACUUCAGCUCCUCAGACAGCUCUGUGUACCUGAGCCCCGCUGGAGGCGGGGAGUGGAGGCGGAGCCUGCUGGAGGAGGGGGAGGAGUCAGCUGCUCCUGCAGGUGAAGAGGAUGAGCGGCUGAAAGGAGAGACGCAGUGGAGGGAGCCGAGGUGGGAGCUGGAGCCGCUCUCUGCGUCCUCCUGCAGCACCGAAGACGACUCCUCCUUCUUCACCGGAGUCUUCAAGGCCACCCUGGUGGACCUGACCCCUGACCCCCCAACCUCACCUGACCCCCCAACCUCCCCCAACGUCGACUCCCCCGUCAACGACAUGGACAGCCUGGUGGACACCCUGAGAAGCAUGGGGCCCUCUCAGAGGCCCCGCAGCACCGGCGUGCGAGCAGCUCCUCCUCCACUGGUCUCCACCCUGUCCCCCAUCAGAGAGGACAUCUCCACCCUGUCCAUCAGAGAGGACAUCUCCACCCUGUCCAUCAGAGAGGACAUCUCCACCCUGUCCCCCAUCAGAGAGGACAUCUCCACCCUGUCCAUCAGAGAGGACAUCUCCACCCUGUCCAUCAGAGAGGACAUCUCCACCCUGCCCCCCAUCAGAGAGGACACAGGGAACCCCGUCAUCUCCACCCUGUCCCCCAUCAGAGAGGACAUGGGGAGUCCCUUUGUCCGUAGCACCCCCCAGAGGACAGAGGAGCCCCAGAACCAGCUGUACACCCUGCCAUUGGACCUGGGCCUGAAGAGGAACAUCUCCAGAGACGCCCGCUCCCCAAUGGAGCUGAUGAAGAGCCAGGAGCUGAUCUCCCCGCUGCACAACGGGAACGGCGCUCCUCCGUCUCCCACCACCGGCUCCCGCCUCGACAACAGUGUCCUCUUUGGCUCUUACCGCUCCUCAAACUCGGACCUGAAGCUGGAAAAUGGGACCGCCCACCGGCCGCUGUUCAGCUCCCUGCCGGACACAGGAACCCUGGGAAUGAGACUGAGGGAGACUGGUGACGCGGGGCCUGUUGGGGACGUAGCAGGGUCCCGUCUGGAGCGCCUCUCCUUCCUCGUCAACUCCUCAUCAUCCCUGAACGGAGACGCCGGCCCCUCCAGGAUCAGCCGAUCGUCCUCCUUGAUCCUGGGCUCCCCCACCUCCGACAGCCCCACCCGUUUGCUCAGCCCCACCGGCUCCAUCGACUCUCACCGGGCCCCCACCAUCUCAGAGCCCCACCUGUUUAGCAAGGGGCCCGGGGUCCUACAGAGGAGCCUCAGCUAUGAGGGGCUAUCACAGGCAUCCUUGUUUGGCAGUUUAUCUGGAGGGCCACCAUUCAGCAGUUUGUCUGGAGGGCCACAGUUCAGCAGUUUGUCUGGAGGGCCACAGUUCAGCAGUUUGUCUGGAGGGCCACAGUUUAGCAGCGUUCAGGCAGGGUCCCAAUUCAACAGCGUUCACAGAGGGUCCCAGCUCCAGAACCAGCGAGAUGAACCAGACAGCAACCUGAUGUCCAAGUAUCGAGCCUUCCCAGACGCCUAUCUCACCAAGGAGAAGGAACACGGGAAGCUGAACCCGCGACCAGGAAAGGUGAGUUCCACCAGUUAGUCCAACUGGUUAAAC